AUGUCUACAGCGAUCCCGACUCGUCGUGUUACACGGGUAACAAGAACUACAACUAUGAAGGAGAGCGAGAAUGCCAAUGCCCGCCCGUCGCGAAUUUCUUCCAGAGCGAAACCUGUCACCAAUACUACCACGGGCGGGCCCGCCCGCACCACUGCUGCCUCUCGUGCCAAAACUGCCACCGCCGGAGCGGAAGAAAAUGCGGCGGUUAAGCGAAAGCGUGAAGCGUUACUCGAGGUCAAUGCGAAUGCCAAUAGCAAAGUCAAAGGUGCUGCAGUUGGGAAGGGUAAAGAAAAGGUUGAGGACGUUAAGGCGGUGGUUCGUCAGCCUCUUCGAACGGUUUCUGGCGCCAGGCAUGUUGCCAAGUCGCGGUCAAUAUCCAACAAGCCAGAGGAAGAGGUUAAACCCGCCGUAUCGGUCAAGGACGAGCGUGCCAUGGUCGUGGAUGGCCCGAUGAUGGCCAGGCGAGUUGCCCACACCAGAGCCAGCACAUCCGCGGCUGCUCAACGUAACCUCGCCCACCGACGCGUCAACUUGAAGCGCGAAGAAGAUGACGACGAGAGCAAUCGCGUAUCAAAAAAGAGGCGGACAUCAUCGGAGGCACCCGAAGACCUCCCGACCGUUGAGGAAGACGAGCCUUUGGACCCCGAGUCCGAAGUCGUCGCAGCGAAGAUUGCCGCGGAUCUGGGACACGUCAUUGAAGAGACGGAGGCUGACCCAGAGGGAGAUCAAUGGGACGACCUUGACGCCGAUGAUGGUGAUGACCCACUGAUGGUCAGCGAGUACGUGUUGGAAAUUUUCGACUACCUCAAGGAAGUAGAGCAAACCACGAUGCCCAAUCCCGAUUACAUGCACUCACAAAAAGAGUUGUCCUGGAAAAUGAGGGGAAUCUUGACUGAUUGGCUCGUCCAAGUCCAUGUUCGCUUCCGUUUACUGCCAGAGACGUUGUUCCUUUGCGUCAACCUCAUCGACCGUUUCUUGUCAGCCCGCGUCGUUUCGCUCAAUAAGCUCCAACUCGUCGGCGUCGCCUGCAUGUUUAUUGCUGCUAAAUUCGAAGAGAUCGUCUCACCUUCAGUUACGCAUUUCCUUCAAUGCGCGGAUUCUUCAUACACAGAGGCCGAAAUCCUCCAAGCCGAGCGAUACAUCCUUAAGACACUUGAUUACAACCUAAGCUACCCCAAUCCGGUCCAUUUCUUGCGUAGAGUGAGCAAGGCCGACGACUAUAACGUCAAAGUCAGGACUUUGGGCAAAUAUUUGCUGGAGAUCGGCAUCGUUGAGUGGAGAUUGGUCGCCUGCCCCCCGUCAUUGAUGGCCGCUGCUGCUAUCUGGUUAGCAAGAUUAGCACUUGGGUUAGAGCAAUGGACACCCAACUUGGCGCAUUACUCUUCAUACGCGGAGAGCGCUCUGAUCCCAACGGCAAACUUAAUGCUGAACUAUAUUCUGAAAAACACCGAUCACGAGUCGUUCCAUAAAAAGUACGCCUCGAAGCGGUUCUUGAAGUCGAGUGUAUACAUGCGCGAGUGGGCCCUAGAGAAAUGGCAACAGAACUGUCGCGUGAAUCUGAAAGAAGAGCUACCGGCGUUGAAGGAACAGAUACGGGAAGCAAGACUGGAAGCUGAGGCUUUAGAGGGGGCCCACGAAACAGUGGAAUACGUCGAGCGAGAGGACAUUGACGCCUCGCGGUCGAAGGCUUCUCAACAUCGGUGGUGA